AACAUAAAAAUGGCGGCGUCAUAUUGCGAGGGAACAGUGAGGGGGUGUGGCCCAGAAUUCAACCCGGAACAUGCAGCCCAGGCAUUCCAUAAGGCAAUGAAGGGAUUCGGUACGGAUGAGAAAGCUAUCAUCAAACUCUUGGCAGGACAUUGUAACGACCAACGCCAAGAGAUCAAGAAAAAGUUCAAGGUCAUGUUUGGGGCGAAUCUAGAAGAGGAACUGAAGGGAGAGUUGAGCGGCCAUUUCCUAGAACUGUGUCAAUACCUACUGAUGCCUAGCCGUUACUUCGAUGCCUGGUGUCUCCACAAGGCCAUGAAGGGUAUAGGAACCAAGGAAAUCCGACUCAUUGAGAUUUUAAGUACCAAGUCUAACUCAGAGAUACAGACCAUAAAAACAGAGUACAAAAAACUUUUCGGAAGUGAGCUGGAGAGUGAUGUUGUGUCGGAGACGAGCGGACACCUCCGGCACAUCCUUGUUUCCCUGAUCCAAGGAAAUAGGAAUGAGGAGCAGUACAUGAACAGUGACAUCGUCAGGCAGGACGUACAGGAUCUGUACGAGGCUGGAGAAAAAGUUCUGGGAACAGACGAGGCUGUAUUUAACAAGGUCUUAGCUCUGAGGGGUGUGGGACAUCUCCAGGAGGUUUUUAAACUGUACCGCCAGGAACACCAGCAAGACAUCGAGGCUGUCAUCGCGUCGGAGACCAGCGGGGACACCAAAGAGGCUUACCUCGCUAUAGUAAAAUUCAUCAAGGAUCCCCCAGCAUACUUUGCCGAAUGUCUGUAUAAGUGUAUGGAGGGGCUGGGCACCAAAGAUGAACGACUCAUGCAGAUCGUGGUCGACCGAUCCGAGCUUGACCUGAAGGACAUUGGAGAAAAGUAUAUGGAGAUGUACAAGAAAGCUCUGCCAACUGCCAUAGCAGACGACACUAGCGGCGACUAUCGCAAGUUGUUGGUGAGGCUGACGAAUCCAAAUUAGUGAGAUUGGGAACAGGAAAAAGUCACCGUGGAAAUAGAUAAUUUGAAUUCGUAGAAUAGAUAGACUGCACACACUCUCAGGAGUGACUGGAAAGUACCGGGGCAUCUGUGAUAUCAACAGGGCUGUUUUCAUUUAUCGCAGUCUAAACUGUUGGACCGGUUGGACCAGAAUUGUUCGUUUAUGUUAUGAGGACAGACCUGGUGAUUUUAUUGUUUGAAAAAGACUUUCAAGGCCUGUAUUAUCAUCUUCAGGUCCGUACCUUAAAUAUUACAUUUAAAAACAGAACAACUGGUUUAAUUUGUCGGUAUAAACAUUUGAACAUGCCCCAGUUUUUCCAGUCAAUAUGGAGUCAAACCUUUCAAUUACGAAAACGUCCAGAUUUUUUUUUUUGUAAAAAAAAUACCGGUACAAAGAUAUAUGACAUUCCUUCUGUCACAACAUAAUGAAAAGACAAAGGAUUUUGUGUUAUUAAUCAACAUUUAUUUCCUACAUCGCUUUUUGAAGGACCCAUUACUAAUGCAAUUUUAUGUCCAUUAUAUACAACAUUAUAAAUUCUAAGGUUGAGUCAAUUGUUAGUUUGGUUUUUAGAUGGUCAGGGUGGUUUACAUUAAUAUGAUUUCGUUGUUCUGAUCCCACAACUCUUAUGUUAACAAAUAUAUGAUGUGCUCUGGUAAUAUACACUGUACUACAGGACAAUGAACCAAAAAACUGAAGGACCGUUUUUGUUUUUGCGGUCCAAACGGAUGGACCAGUUAGACCGGUGUUGUUCGUUUAUGAAAUAAAGACGGACCUGGUGAUUUUAUAUUGUUUUCAGACGAGCCUUGACAAAGACUUCCAAGACCGGUAUUAACAUUUGCAGGUCCGUCAAGAUAUAUGUUUGAAAUAUUACAUUUUUAAAAACUGACGAACCGGUUUGUCCGCAUAAACGAACAGGCCCAAGUUUCUCAGCGAUCUCAUCUUUAUUUUAUAUUGCACUGUUGAUUUAUUUAUUUUAGAAUUAAUAAAUAUUUGUAUUAA